CAAAAUCGUUUCAACAAGAAAUUGAAAGAUAUUACAGUUAUUGAACGAGAGAAACUGGUCUUGGAUAUUGAAUUGCAAGAUCAAACGGCUCCAGCGGAAUGGUUUUUUAAUGGGGAGCCAAUUCAGGAGUCUGAGAGAAUUCAGAUAAAGAACCUUGGUGGUGGUAAACACCAACUUAUUUUUAACAAAGCUGAAAUUUCUGAUGAGGGUGAAAUUCGAUGUGAUUCUGGUAAACUCUCCUCCUCCUGUAAAGUCUCUGUUAAGAAAGGUGAAGAGAGGCCAGUCAUUGAUUUUGGUGAUACAGUGGAAGGACCAUGUAGUAAGCCAAUUAUAUUUGAAGUUCCAUUUAAAGUGGAAGGAAAUAAACAGUCCCAGAUUGAAGCUAAACUGAUUAAGGAUGGAAAAGCCUUGCCAUUGAAAGAAGUGGAAAUUGUUGUUCAAGAAGACAAAGCUGUUUAUAAAUUUAAGAAGCCAGUCCGUAAUUUGUCUGGAGCAUAUCAAAUUAAAAUUUCAAAUUCUCAAGGAGAAGAUGUUAAAAAUGUUCAAAUUAAUAUGCAA